AUGCUGCAGUUGCUGAGCCAAAAUGAUCGACCUGCCAUUCUCUCUUCCGAUGGCAAGCAAACAAUCUCACACCAAGACCUCUACGAGUUCGUCAAUGACUUCGCUCUACCAAUCGACUGCACCGACCGCAAGCCAGUCAUCGCAAUCGCGCUUCCAAAUGGGCCCCUUCUUGCUGCCGUCUGCAUUGCUGUGUCUGCAUACUACACAGCGGCGCCAAUCGACCCGACGACCGGCCCCGAUGAAUUUCAAGCUGACGUGGUGCAGUCUGGUGCACGCUGCAUCAUGACGACCGAAUCGGACUAUUGUCGCCUCCUUCUCGCUGAGUCCUGGACACAGAACGUCGGUGUGAAAGCGAUCAUGGUGGAUUGGACGGACGACAAGAUCGGACUUCGAGACGGUAAAGGGGCUCGCAUUGACACUGCGGGCCUCCCAAAGCCACAGCCCAAUCAAGCGGAUGAUGUUGCAAUUGUGUUAUCAACAAAUGGGCCCUGGGGCAAAGACGUUCUUCCAUUGACGACCCAGGCCAUGUUAGUCGAAGUCGCUUCUACCAUCGGCACCUGGAGCCUUGGGCCUACUGACAUUGGCGUCAACAUGAUGGCCCUGCAUCAAAUUUGUGGGCUUCUGAAAGUCAUCCUAGCCAAAGGGUCCCGAGCCAAGGCAUCACGUCAGAGCGCGAUUCGUCUGGUUUGUGAUGCGGGUGGCGGACUGCCACCCGCUCUGGCACGUAAGCUUCGAGACACAUUCCGUUGCGAGGUCCGCUCCAACGACGACAUAGCCAUCCAUAAGGAAGACCCACGACGCAUAGUCGAGACCCCCAGUCUCGCGCUAUCAACGGUUCCAGACAAUAGACCACUUCGGAGAGCUGGAACUCUGUCAGUGGCCCCAAGCCAGGUCGAUUACCUUGGCGAUGAUGGAUACUCCUAUGUCAUGGGCCGGAGUAGAGAUGGCAUCACCCGCAGCAAGGAGGUCAUAUCUCCUUUUGAGGUCGAGCGAGCCAUCAUGACAGCAGCGAUGAGCCUGGAGUCACCGAUCUGUGGAAAACUCUCGCAAGCUCUCGUCUUUGCGGUAAAAGACGAAACGCAUGGCGAAACAUUGGGUGUUGUUCUUGUAUCCGCUCCCGAUGCACAGCGCAUCGACGUGUGGACGCUCUAUGGAGCGCUGCACAACCUUUCCCCAUCGAAGCGGCCUGCCCUCAUCGUAUACAUGGACGAUAUGCCGGACAAGAAUCAUCAGAGCUUGCGGCCCCAGCUUGCAGACCGUCUAGGUCUACCUGAACUCACGGCCCAAACACCGUACCUUGCCAAGCAUUGGGAGGCAAGAUGUCCUCCCGCUGGGACAGAAGUCUCAACGCCUAUUCAAUGCAGCAAAUGUGAGCUCGAUCGUGAGGCCAUCACUAUCAUUAUGCGAUCGAUCAUCCCGAGCGGCUAUCAAGCGUGUCUUCGCUUGAGUCCAGAUGACGGUAGUCUGGAGGCUUUUGUCGCCCCCAAAGCUUUCGGCAUGCAGGGUUUGACGGCAGACUGGCCACCGCAUAUCAAGCGCAUGAUGUCGCUUGCUUUGCCUGGAUUCAUGGUCCCGACAAAACUUCACGUUUUACCGGAGCCAUUUGCCGAGGAUCCCUUCGGUGUCGUGGAUGAGGAACUCCUUGACGUUCAUGCUUACCCGAAACCAUCAGUCAAGCCUGUGUCUCCGACGCAGAAGCGUGUUGUCAAGGCCUUUGCCGAUAUUCUCCUGUGGGACUCUGGCAAGAUUGACCCAGACAUGAACUUUUUCAGCAUGGGUGGAGACCGUAUAGCUGCCGAGAAGCUUCUCGCGCAUUUACGCGCUGACUUCGACCUGCACAUGCCAGCCAGUCUUGUGUUCAACCACGGCACUGUGAAGGCAAUUGCAGCAUACGUCGACGCCGCAUCAAAUCAAGCUCCCGAGCCAGAGUUACCUGCCAUUAAAGCCGUCCCGACAAAGACAUACAGCUCCACUAACCCGUUUCUCAUGCUGCUACAGCUACUGCCACUCUGCGUCUUCUAUCCCUUGCGUCGAGCGUGCCAGUGGACAGUCUUUUUGACCGUACUGAGUCGAACACGCUUCUGGAUGACAAACGCCUGGCUCAUGGGCCGCCUCGCAAAUCUUGUUGGCUCUAUCACUGUUGGCUACAUAGUGGUCCAACUCUUCUCGCCUUUCUUCGGGAUUGCCAUGAAAUGGAUCAUCAUUGGCCGUUAUCGAGAAGGCGUAUAUCCAAUGUGGGGAGCAUAUCACACCCGCUGGUGGUUGGUUCAAAAGAUUGUCACUGUAGCCGGUACAGGCUACUUCAACACCAACAACUUUACAAAAGCUAUGUACUGUCGCUUGAUGGGAGCCAAGAUCGGGAAAAAUGUUCAGCUUACGGGAGCUUCAUUGGGCGAGUGGGACCUCCUCGACAUUAGGGACGGCGCCAUCCUUAACAACACGGUAUGCCGACCCUUUGCCGUCGAGGCAAACACAUCCAUGUACCUCGGCCGCAUCGUGAUCGGAGAGAACUCUUGCGUUGCCUCUAUUAUAGCUCCGGGUGCAACAAUAUCACCAGGCACCUGCAUUGGGCUGAACUCGUCCAGCUGGGAGCUUCAUGACGCAGACGAAUCGAAUCGACUGCUGUCGGCGAACCGCGCCCCCGGACCCCACUGGGCUUUGGCAGCGUUUGCCACAUUUCCUCUUUUCACAGUCGCAUGGUUUCUCACACUGACACCGAUGUUCGGAGGCCUCAUGGGCCUCGUCAUCGAGAAGCCACUCGACAGUCACCUUCCGCUCCGCGAUAUUUUAACAUGGUUCCCUUCCAGCCCGAAAGUGGGAUAUCACUAUCUUUCGAUGAUCUUGCGCACACUCGUCAGUUCAUCGGACCUCCGCGCUCGGGAGACUCCCAAGCCCGAGGGGCUCUCCAAAUUUGGCGCUCGUCACUAA